AAGAGCAUUCAUAUGCAAAUGUGUACCCCCCAGUCCCAGUCAGGCACGGGGUAUAGCAUUCGACUUCGCUGAAGGAUAACCUUGUAACAUUCACCUAGUCUCCACGGGCAGUGAUUUGUCUCUUAACCGUCUCUCCCCUGACUCAAAACUUUCCACAGGUGUUCCUGGCACAACCUUGUUGCCGACAACAAAUCAAGACGUUGCUGAGGACCACACAGUAACCCGGAUCGGUAGGGCAAAACAUCGCUUGACAACACUUGGCAGUGAAGAAACAUGGACGGUCCUGUUGAGAUAGAGGAUGUGGACUACGGUCUCACCCGGGGACAGAAGUGCAAGAAGUGGUUCAAGGACAACCUCCUCCUGCUCCUGACCAUCCUGGGGGUGGGGCUGGGGAUCCUCAUGGGGUUCCUCAUGCGUAUGGCCAACCUGUCAGAACAGAACAUCGCCUACUUCUCCUUCCCGGGGGAGCUGUUCAUCAGGAUGCUGAAGUGCAUGAUCCUGCCGCUCAUCCUCUGCAGUAUAAUCUCUGCCCUGGCCGCUCUGGACGCCAAGACCUCCGGCAGAGUAGGCGGUCGGGCAGUGGCGUACUAUGCCGGCACCACUUUGAUCGCUGUCAUCAUAGGCAUCAUCCUAGUGGUGAGCAUCCACCCUGGACAGGGCGACCCGGACGCCAUUGCAAGAGCGGGUAGUUCCCGCAGGGUCAGCGCUGCAGAUUCCUUCCUGGACCUCAUCAGGAACAUGUUUCCGGACAACAUUGCACAAGCCUGCUUUCAGUCGUAUAACUCACAGAUCGUGGAGCAGACCGUACCUAACCCGGCCUACACCCCUCCCAACAUCACCUCCAUGGCUGCUACCAUGACCACCAUGAUGAUGAACGGGACAGCCAUCCCGGAGGAGAUCACGGUGUACACGACACAGGGAGGCUACUCUAACCGUCUGAAUGUGCUGGGCAUCAUCACCUUCUCCAUCUUCUUCGGGGUGGUGUUGGGCCGUAUGGGCGAGAAGGGCAAGCCUCUGGUCCAGGUCUUCACCAUCUUCAACGACUGCAUCAUGACGCUGGUCUACCUCAUCAUGUGGUACUCUCCCAUCGGCAUCAUGUUCCUGAUUGCAGGCAAGAUCAUGCAGAUGAUCGACCCAGCCAAACUGGUGGGGCAGCUCGGCAUGUACAUGGUCACGGUCAUUGCCGGGCUGGCCAUUCACGGCUUCAUCAUACUCCCCGGGCUCUACCUGAUCUUCACCAGGAAGAACCCGUUCAAGUACAUCGCUGGGAUAGGCCAGGCCCUGGUUACGGCGUUUGGUACCGCCUCCAGUUCUGCCACUCUACCCAUAACCAUCCGUUGCCUUGAGGACAAGAACGGCGUGGAUCCGCGCGUGGCCCGCCUGGUGCUGCCGGUGGGAGCCACCAUCAACAUGGACGGCACUGCGCUGUACGAGGCCGUCGCCUCUAUCUUCAUCGCCCAGGUCAACGGCAUCACGCUCAACUUCGGGCAGAUCGUCGCCGUCAGCGUUACCGCCACUGCUGCCAGCAUCGGGGCUGCCGGGAUCCCGUCAGCUGGGCUCAUCACCAUGGUGAUCGUGCUGACGGCUGUGGGGCUGCCGAUCGAGGACGUCACUCUGCUCUUCGCCAUUGAUUGGUUCCUGGACCGCUUCCGGACUGCCACCAAUGUGCUGGGAGACUCCAUUGGCGCAGGGAUCAUCGACCAUCACGUGCGCGGCACACUGCCGCCCGUGCCCAGCGACUAUGAGGAGGUCGCCAUGGAAGGUCCUCCCGCCUACAAUGGACACAGCAAAGCUCCUAUGAAUGUCACCAAGCUGUAGCCUGUGUGCCGCGGUAGUUGUUGAGGUGCAUAGAUUUUGAUUUUGAUUCUAACUAGUGUGUAUUACUUGUGAAUAGGCCUCGGUUUGUCAGCCUCCAUACCGGCCUCAUGGCAAUAUACUAGACGUUUUUUGAGUGUGUGUAUAGUUUCAAGAUUUCGACCUCUCUCUUCUAAGAUCAGCCAUUAACUGGAUAAGAAAUAUCUGGAAUACUGUGACUUGCACUAUUUACAGAAGUACCUUUAUUAUCUCUGUAUUAAAUAUAAAGAUAUUGCGCACAUUGUGUCAUCGAAUAGUUUUGAUGCCUUUUUAGUAAUCUCUAAUUAAUUAAUUGCUACAUACAUUUAAGUAUUAUAUUGGCAAAUAAUAUGUAUCCAUACAAUUAAUUUUUUUCUCUGGUACUACAAAGCCAUGGUUGUAAAUAGAUAAUACACUGCAUAGUGUUUGUAUACUGUGAAUCAAAAGGCACAGUGUUUUAAUCAGAGGAUUAACUGAUAAACAUGUUGAAGGUGUGUUUUGUAGUGAUUUUAGAACCAUGGUUUAGUAUUUGUUCAAUCCUUAAAUCAUCUACUGCUUUUCUUUUUAUCAUGCGGUCUUAACCUUCACAUAACGUUUACUGCUUGGGCUUGUUAUGUCGGACAUAUAACUGUUAUUGAUUGAAAUAUUGCUUGGUAUUGUAUACCCGUUUGAAACCUGGCUGCCCUGACAUAAACACAUAAAGGUUAGAUUUUACGACAGAUCAGUUUUGUGAUAAUGGGUAUGUAUUUCGAAUUCAGCUGUGCGCCGAGGUAACAUGAAAUGAUAACAAGGCUGUCGUAUUGCCGCAAGUUAGUUGAACUGUAUAUGCUACUAGUACUAUGCACAUAGCCAAAUUUAUAAGAAGGAGAAAACAAAUCAUAUACGAAAACAGUAUAUUUUCCCAGAUAUGUAUUUGUGUAGAAACAUUUUAGACAAAGCUUUCCAUGUGUGUCGCAUUUUAAUACAAAGUACAUACUGCA